AUGGCACCCAAAAACAAAGGCAAAGGCCAAGCCAAAGACGACAGCGGUAGCAAAUCUGAAGGUGGCGGUGGAGGAAAAGGCAAACUCAAGCCCGCAACCUCGAUAAACGUGCGACACAUCCUCUGCGAAAAGCACUCGAAAAAGGAAGAAGCUCUCGAGAAGCUGCGCAACGGCGCGAAAUUCGACGAGGUAGCCAGGGAAAUGAGUGAGGAUAAGGCGCGUCAAGGGGGCAGUCUGGGCUGGAAGGUUAGAGGGAGUCUCAUGCAGGAUUUCGAGAAGGUGGCGUAUGAGUUGGAGCCGAGUACGACGGCGAGUCCGAAGAUUGGAGAGGUUAAGACGAGUGAGGGGUAUCAUAUUGUUAUGGUUGAGGGGAGGAAGUGA